CUGUGUCUCCUGCAGGACUGAGAUCAUGAGCGCUCAACUCGACCGUGUUUCUCCUCCUGAUCUCCGCGCACACAAUCUCCGCAAGACCAAGAAUUAAAACACACACACUCUCUCUCUCAUUCAACAGACGCUCCGUUUCCAGCGCCGGGAAUAAAGCUUCAUCCACGCUUGGACUCAAAGUCUCGCAAUUGUCCGCUUUUAUUUAAUUUGCCCCUCUGUGUGAAGGUUCAAGGUGUUUAACAUGAUGUUCAUGUCUGUUCUGAUGCGCGCUGGUUUUGGAUUAUUCAGCGUCGCUCUGACCGCCUUUGUCCAGCAGCCAGCCGGCGCUUCUGCCAGCAGAAACCCGCAAGCAGAUGUGGACGAGUGCGCCGAGGCCCUGGACAGCUGCAGUAUGGAUGCCAUCUGUCAGAACACCCUCAAGUCAUACAGAUGCAUCUGCAAAUCAGGAUACAAAGGCGACGGAAAGCACUGUGAAGAUAUCGAUGAGUGUGCCAGUGAAUAUAAUGGAGGAUGCGUUCACGAGUGCAUCAACAUCCCCGGAAACUACAGAUGCACGUGCUACGACGGCUUUCGCUUGGCCCACGACGGACACAACUGCCUGGAUGUUGACGAGUGCGCGGAAGGAAACGGCGGAUGCCAGCAGGUCUGUGUUAACAUGAUGGGGAGUUACGAGUGUCGGUGCCGCGACGGAUUUCUCCUGUCUGACAACCAGCACACCUGCAUCCAGAGACCCAAAGUGCGUUUUAAUGGAACUAAAGAUGUGCCCACCUGCAUGGAUAAAAAUCACGGCUGUGCCCACAUUUGCAGAGAGACACCCAAAGGAGGCAUCGCCUGUGAGUGCAGACCUGGAUUUCAGCUCACCAAGAACAACCGAGACUGUAAAUUGACGUGUAACUAUGGUAACGGUGGCUGUCAGCACAUCUGUGAGGAGAUGGACCAUGGGCCCCGGUGUUCGUGUCACAUGAAGUUUGCGCUUCACUCUGAUGGGAAGACCUGUGUAGAGGAAAGAAGUACCCCUCAUCAGCCACUGCAGCCAGAGCUGUUACCCAAUGAGACGUGUGCAGUUAAUAACGGAGGCUGUGACAGCACGUGUCAUGAUGCCGUGACUGGAGUUCGCUGCAGCUGCCCGGUGGGAUUCACCUUACAGUCGGACCGCAAGACCUGCAAAGACAUUGACGAAUGCCGCAUGAACAACGCCGGGUGUGACCAUGUGUGCAGAAACACAGUUGGCAGCUUUGAAUGCAGCUGCAAGAAAGGAUACAAACUUCUGACCAAUGAGAGGACUUGCCAAGAUAUAGAUGAGUGUUCAUUUGACCGGGCAUGUGACCACACAUGUGUGAACUCACCUGGAAGUUUCCAGUGUUACUGCCACAAAGGUUACGUCAUCUACGGCGUGGCUCACUGUGGAGAUAUUGAUGAGUGCAGCAUUAAUCGGGGUGGCUGUAAAUUCGGAUGCGUGAACACUCUGGGCAGUUACGAGUGUACCUGCGCUCCUGGUUACAAACUGCACUGGAACAGGAAGGACUGUGUCGAGAUCGUGAAAUGUACAUCCAGUCUGGUGGCCCCCAAAGCCACCCUUACUUGCAGUAAGAUGGGGAAAAAAGAGAGCUGCUCUCUCACGUGUGCAUCCAAAGCACAUUACCUAUCAGAAUCAGACAACAGCUAUUCUGUCAGCUGUGGAAUACCCAUUCUACGAGGUAAAUCUCAGAGCAGAUUAAAUGCAAGCAGCAUCCAGAGCUGCAUAGAGACUCAGGCUCCUCCAGUGAAGCAGACGGUGUCCUUCCGGAUCAAGAAUGCCAAAUGCCACCUGCACCCGAAACAUAAGGGGAGGGCAGAGGACAACGGCAGACAGAUCGGGCCAGGUGGCCAACCGUGCAACAACUGCCUGGUCACGUUCGUUAACCUGAAGUGCGACUCGUCUAAGAAGGCCAAAGGUCGUCGGGCACGUAACCCAUCAAGCAAAGAGGUCACGCGCAUCACUCUGGAGCUGGAGGCUGAGGUCAAGCCAGGAGACGCCACUGGGAACUGUAACAUGAUGUGUCAAAGGCAGCGCAUGGAGCAGCAGAUGAAGUCAUACAUUAAAGCCCUGAAAAAAUCCAUUAACCAGGAGCGUUUCCUCAUCCGUGUGGCUGGAUUGGAGUACGAGGUGGCACAGAAGAUCCCACAAGCUGGAAUGAGGCAGGAGAACUGUGGACCGGGCCGAGAAAAAGACAGCGGCCGCUGUGUCAGAUGUUUGCCUGGGUCAUACUACCAUGGUGAGCAGGAACGCUGCGCCCAGUGCCCACCUGGAACAUUCCAGGAACGUGAAGGUCAGCUGGCCUGUGACCUUUGUCCCGGAGGAGACCGCCAUGGCCCAGUAGGGGCCCGCAACAUCACGUCAUGUGCAGGUCAAUGUCCGCCUGGUUAUUUCUCCAGCGACGGGUUCAAGCCCUGUCAACCGUGCCCCGUGGGAACGUACCAGCCCGACCCAGGACGAACACUCUGUUUCCCCUGUGGAGGUGGGCUCGGUACCAAAAGAGAGGGCGCCAGCUCCUUUAAUGACUGUGAGGUCAAAGUGUUGUGUUCUCCAGGUCACUAUUAUAACACCUCAGUUCAUCGUUGCAUCCGCUGUCCUCAUGGAACCUACCAGGCUGAGUUCAGACAGAACUACUGCAUUUCCUGUCCUGGAAACACCACCACAGACUUCGACGGGGCCAUCAGUGUGUCUCAAUGCAAGAAUCGGGAAUGUGGGGGUGAAAUAGGCGAGUUCAUCGGGUACAUCGAGUCCCCCAACUAUCCAGGAAACUACCCAGCCAAUGUAGAGUGUAUCUGGACGAUCAACCCUCCACACAAACGCAAGAUUCUGAUCGUGGUUCCGGAGAUCUUCCUCCCAUCUGAGGAUGAGUGUGGAGAUGUCCUAGUAAUGAGGAAGAACGGGUCAGCAACCUCUAUCACCACUUAUGAAACAUGUCAGACGUAUGAGAGACCGAUUGCAUUUACAGCCCGAUCGCGCCGCCUCUGGAUCAACUUCAAAUCCAACGAUGUAAACAGCGCUCGUGGAUUCCAGAUUCCAUACGUCACUUACGAUGAAGACUAUGAGCAACUGGUUGAAGACAUUGUAAGAGAUGGAAGACUUUACGCCUCUGAAAACCAUCAAGAAAUACUUAAGGAUAAAAAACUGAUUAAAACUCUGUUCGACGUGCUGGCUCACCCAAACAAUUACUACAAGUACUCAACUCGGGACUCCACAGAGAUGCUCCCGCGUUCCUUCAUACGCCUCAUCCACAGCAAAGUCUCCGCCUUCCUGCGUCCGUACAAAUAGUCGAAAGUGUCAUCUGUCUCCACACACCUCCUGUCACCUGGCCUCGAGUCAACGGGAUCCUACACACACAUUUAAAGGACAUAUACACACACACACAUUUACAACGGCACACACACAAUCACACUA